GUCUUCUCACUUGGGCAGGCAUACCGUUGUACAAUCAGACUGGCGUUUGCGGCGAUGUUCCUGUCAACAGCUCUGCAUUUUUCGGCUUCUCCGACGUCCCACUAGUUAUUCCAAAGAUGUCUAAGUACAAACUGUUCCUGCUGAGACACGGGGAGGGGGCCUGGAACAAGGAGAACCGCUUCUGCAGCUGGGUGGACCAGAAGCUGAGCGAGGGUGGCGUGCUGGAGGCCCAGGAGUGCGGACGUCUCCUCAAGGAGCAGGGCUACAAGUUCGACCGCGUCUUCACCUCCAUACUCAGCCGCUCCGUCCACACCGCCUGGCUGGUGCUGGAGGCCAUGGGCCAGGAGUGGGUCACCGUCACCAAGUCCUGGCGGCUGAACGAGCGCCACUACGGGGCCCUGAUCGGGCUCAACCGCGCCGAGAUGGCCCUCAACCACGGCGAGGAGCAGGUGAAGCUGUGGAGGAGGAGCUACGACAUCACCCCGCCGCCCAUCGACGAGUCGCACCCGUACUUCGCCGAGAUCUAUAACGACCGGCGGUACGACACGUGCGACGUGCCCAAGGAUCAGCUGCCGAGGUCAGAGAGCCUGAAGGAGGUUCUGGACCGGCUCCUGCCCUACUGGAACCAGGUCAUCGUCCCAGAGAUCAAGAGCGGACACACCGUGCUCAUAUCGGCCCACGGGAACAGCUGCAGAGCGCUACUCAAACAUCUAGAAAACAUAUCAGAGAAGGAAAUCGUCAAUGUGACGUUACCCACUGGGAUUCCCGUGCUGCUGGAGCUGGACGAAGAUCUGAAGCCUGUGAAGCCACGCCAGCUUCUGGGAGACCAGGAGAAGAUUAAGGCAGCUAUCAAGAAAGUGGAAGAUCAGGGCAAGGUCAACAAGCCCAGCAAAAUCGUGUGAUGAUAAGGGAACUGCUCUUCUGGGAAAGGAAACAGGAAGUGAGAUAAGGUGAGGGGACAAAGUGGAAGUCGCCUAAAUGAACAUUUGGGUGGGUGACGUACAAAUGUAGAUGAGCAGAGACCAGAGGUGCCUUAGGUUUGGAUCGGAAAGAAACCAUGACGUAUCUUGUACUGUAGGCGUAUUGUCGUGUGUGGGUCAGAAAGAAACUCCUAUCUGUUACACUUAAAUGUCAUCUUUGGAUGACAUACCUCUAACUGUUAACGCUUUUAAAUCUGUUGUCUGUUGCGCUUUUUUGUAUUUUUGGAUGAGAGAGAAACAACUAGUCUUUUGUCAAGGUCUAGAUGCUAUAUUCAGAUCAGAGAGAAGCUACUAGUUGUUACUCUUUGUCAAAUUGAGAUCAGAGAGAAAUCUCUUUGUUGAACCUAUUUGUUCUGCUAGUUGGUCAGCUGAUAACCAUACAUGUGGACAAUACACAAUUCUGCUAGUCCACGACAUGAAUGAUGAGAAUGAGAAUUGGUUUGGUGAUGAAAAAAGGACGGGUACAAUACCUACUGCUUCUAGACCAUGAUCCAAACCAUAGAACAGGUAGUUUCACUGUUGGGUUGUCAAGGCAUUGGUAAAAAGAAAUAAUUUUAAUUAUUUAUAGAAAAUUAACACACACAUGAAAAUGAUUACAUGCAUUGCAAGAGAGGAUGAGUAGCCGAAAACAUCUGACUGAGUCUUACAAGUGAGAGUAGGAAAAAACCUACUCCUCUUUUAGUUGAUAGACUUGUCAAGUUGAAUAUCGAAUGAACGUCUGUGCCCCUUAACACUCACAUUGUCUAACAUUUUAUACAAAGUGAAUAGAUAAGUAGGAACCUUGUAUUUGGACUGAAACAUUAUUACCUCAUGGGGUUAGAUGGAUGGGUAAUUCAUUCCAAGCUGUGUGAUGAGUCUAUUUACAUAUUUCCUGCAUGAUGAAUGAAAACAUUAGAGCCACAGACACCUUCCUCCCUGUAAUACAUGCAGAAACAAAUUCAACCUCACCUUCUCUGGGUAAAUAAAACUCAGAAAUGAGAGUUGGUAGAGUUGAUAUAAUGACACUGAAGCACUAAUGCAAGCUCCUAUGUUUGGUAUCUUCAGUUUUUAUUCUAUUCAGGAGAUCUUAUUCAACAUGACUGGCCUUGCUGUAAUGUUACUGCAAAUUAGCCACUUUUUUUAAGUAUUUAUUUUCUCAGGAGCGUAUGUUUGUGUGUUAAAUCCAGAAGUUUGUAAAUUGUAUGAGGUUGCGUAACAAAGCUGGUGUUCUUUCAUUUGGAUAUCACAGCGUGAUGUACCAGGGAAACCUAGCUCAACUUUAAAAUAAACUAAGCUUGGUUUCAGGAUCUCACAAUAUGAAAAAGGCCUUUUAAAUUAUUCAUUAUGUCCAGAAACCACUCCAGUGACACCAGCUUUACUUUUAGUAUGAGACUGGAUAUUAGGCCCAUUAUUCAAAUGAUUUUUUUCAGUGUUUUGUCUGUUUGUGAAAUGUUUGUUACCAGAAAUUGUUUAUAUGCACUGUAUAUGUUGUAUUUGUUGCACCAUGCCACUGAAGAAAAGUGUUUCUUGAUAUUUAUAGAAAUAUUUAAAGCGCUUUGUUACUGUAUUGAAAGUCAAGUUAAGCUACUGUGUGUACCAUUCGUAAAGUAUGCAAGCACAAAAACCUGCUUCUAUUUAAAUCUCAAUUUGACCGCAACGGACUGAUGAUACCAUCAGUUCAUCACUGUGUACCUGUGUAGGUAAUGUAUAUUUUGCUUAAUUUCUUUCUCUGAGUUCCCUGUUUGUGUAACUCCAAGAGGAGCUGGGAUUUUGUGCUACCUUUGUUGUCCCAAAAUGAUUGUCCACUCCUUAUUUACAUAUACAGUUAAACUGUAAUGAUGGCUGGAAGCUUGGUCCUUUCAUUUACCCUCCGAAAGUGGACUGAUUGCAUGCAAGGAACCUGUAAAUAAAUGGCUCAUAAUCACA